AUGUCAGUAAAUUUUAAACUCACGAACGAUCCAAAUCCGUCAGAUAAGGACAUUGAGAAGGAAAGGACGUUCGGCAAUGAGGUUGAGAGGAUGUUCCGUGGACACGUUGUGCGCACAGUCGCUCAGGGUAAGAUGCCUUCCAUAGGAAAAUGCAUCUUGGUGUACGGGUCUAAUGUUCCAUAA